GUUCCUGAGCUCAAAAUAAUAAAAUCCUGGUUGGUUCCUGAAAGAGCUGCGCAUCGACUCUUUUCCUUUAAACCCAUUUUUUAUUAUGACAAAAUCCAGCCUUCCCGCCAAACUACCAGAAUGCAUCGUCUUUGACCUCGAUGAGACGAUAUGGCCGUUGGAUGUAGAUUGUACUUGGGGACCUCCCUUUAGCUAUGACAAUACACAUAAAGUGGUAGUCGACGAAAGAGGCGGACGCAUACCACUGUUCCCAGAUAUACUUAGAAUCUUUGCCCUCAUACAAACUUUUCCUGGUGUUAAAAUUGCUAUAGCAUCACGGACUAUGACACCGGAUUGGGCAGCGCAAGUUCUCAAACUCUAUCGUAUCCCAGAACUAGGCAACGUCGAUCUCUACAGCCUGUGCUCUGUGUUUGAAAUGUACGACGACCGAAAAACCAUCCAUUUCAGAAACAUCCACAAAAAGACAGGCAUCGCCUAUCAGGAUAUGCUCUUCUUCGACGAUAACCGCAUGAAUCUUUGCGUUCAACCUCUCGGUGUCAAGGUGGUUUUGGUUAAUCGAAGACAAGGCCUGACUAUGGAUAUAUUUUUAGAAGCUCUCGAUAGAUUCAGUAAAAGUGCGUUUUAGAAGACUUACUCUUUUGGGUAGUGUGAGAUACGCGGACAAAGAAACCCACCAUCUUGAAAGUGACCAAAGUGUAUAUAUAGCAUGAGCUUCUCAUGGUCAUCAGCGACAGAAUAAUUA